AUGUACUUUGUCAAGGAGAAACAGAAAAUUGGCGUUUUAACGCGGAAUGGCCUGAGGAAGAGUCAGGUGGCGGAGCUGCGGACGGCACUGGAGGCCACGCACCUGGAAGGCACCACGGGAGAGGCGGCCACUGCCAGGGCUAGGGCGGAGGCGGAGGAGCUGCGGGAGAAGCUGGACGCACAGCAGCACCUUGCGCGGCAGGUCGCGCUUCGUCGGGUGACCCGCCCGGGGCGCCCAACGCUCUCGCCAACUGCAAGUCUUGAUCUUCCGGCGCUGGUGGCUGGCGGCGGACUGAGACCCCCCACCUCGAAAGGUGCAGCCGAGAUCUCCGGCGACCUCUUCUGGGCAACGGCACCCUCGUCGUCGCCGGUGCGUAGCGGCAACCCGACACCCCAAACAGGGGGGACUGGGUUCGCCGCUGCCAGGGGUGGAGGCGGGGCCGGCUCUGCGCCGAAUGGCCAGAUCUCGGGCCGGGUCUCCUCGGCACCAGCACCCGCGUCGUCGCCCGUGUGCAGCGGACACUCGUCACCCCAAACAGGGGAGACUGGGUUCGCCGCUGCCGCGGGCGGAGGCCGGGCCGGCUCUGCGCCGAAUGGCCAGAUCUCGGGCCGGGUCUCCUCGGCACCGACACCCGCGUCGCCGCCCGUGUGCAGCGGACACUCGUCACCCCAAACAGGGGGGACUGGGUUCGCCGCUGUCAGGGGCGGAGGCGGGCCCGGCUCUGCGCCGAAUGACCAGAUCUCGGACUGUCUCUUCCCGGCACCAGCACCCGCGUCGAAGCCCGUACGCAGCGGACGCUCGUCCCCCCAAACAGGGGAGACUGGGUUCGCCGCUGCCAGGGGCGGAGGCGGGGCCGGCUCUGCGCCGAAUGGCCAGAUCUCGGACUGGCUCUUCCCGGCACCAGCACCCGCGUCGAAACCCGAACGCAGUGGACACUCGUCCCCCCGAACAGGGGAGACUGGGUUCGCCGCCGCCAGGGGCGGAGACGGGGCCGGCUCUGCGCCGGGUGACACCAGGCAGAUCAGGAUGCCAGAGACGGACUCUCUCAAGAACACGACGGCGUAG